UGCGCUGAGGCUCCGCCAGGUGGCAUCACUGUCGACGGUAUGGAGGAGAAGACUGAAACAUCAAGAACUAGUGUCGAUACAGGGAGGCGCGCGGGCGGCUUCGACGUGCCGGCGCGCCACGUGCUGGUGGCCUGCAAGGUGGCCAACAGCUUCGUGGGCGCGCUCAUGGACGGCUCCUUGCCGCUGGCCAUCACCGUCAUGGUGGGCCGGCGGGCCGCCUCCGUGGCCGCCUCCAACGGCACGCUGUCGGCCGACGUCUGCCCUGGCGGCGGCGGCGGCGGCGGCGGCGCGACGCCGGGCGCUUCCCCCGUCCAGCAGGAGCAGGAAGGGCAGUUCGACUGGGACGAGCUGACGCAGAGCGUGGUGACGAACGCCGCGACGUACGGCUCCCUGCUGACCGUCCUGCUGGGCGCGCGCCUCGUCGAGCUGUGGAGCCCCAAGAAGCUGCUGGUCUACUCGUGCUUCUUCUACACCGCCUUGCACAUGGCGGUGCCCGCGUUCGCGCGGUGGAGCGUCUACGCGCUCGUCGCGUCGCGCGUGGCCUACGGCUUCAUCCUGGCUCCCAGCUCGUCGGGGGUCAUCGCGCUCAUGGCAGCCUGGUUCCCUCCGGACGAGCGCCAGCUACUCAACAGCAUCAUGAACUCAGUGGUGAGCCUGGGCUCCAUAGCGUCCACGAGUCUCUCCGGGUACCUCAUCAGCGAGUACGGCUGGGAGCUGGUGUUCUACCUGUACGGCGGCCUGCACCUCGCCACCAACCUGCUGUACGUCUUCCUCGUCUACGACACCCCGCAGGAGCACCCGCGCAUCUCCGCGGCCGAGAGGAGCUACCUCGCCCGCUGCAUAAACAAGGCGCCCAAGAUGUCGCUGCCCCUCCCGUGGCUCCAGAUGAUCAAAUGCAAACCACUGUGGGCGCACAUCUCAGCCGUGGUCGGCAUCACCUGGAUCAAGUUCAUAUUCACCACCGAGCUUCCGACCUACCUCAAGAAGAUGCUACACUACAACACAGUGAACACCGGGUACGUCACGUCCGGCAUCCACGCGACCGCCUGGUUCGCCGAGCUGUCCUUCGGCGUGAUCUCCCGCUGGAUCCGGAGGAAGCGCUGCCUCAGCCAGCUCACCACCUACAAGAUAUUCAACGCCAUAGCGAUGCUGGGCCCGGUGGCGACCCUGGUGGCGGUCGCCCAGGCGGGCUGCGACGCCCCGCUGACCGUGGCGCUGCUGAUGCUGCACCACGGCGUCGCCGCCGCCUUCAUGGCGGGCAGCGUGCUCAACUACAUGGACCUGGGCCUCAACUUCGCGCCCACGCUGUCCGCCUUCACCAGCACCGUCGCCGGAGCCGUGGCCAUCGCCUCGCCCACCUUCGCCGGCGCGCUCACCAACAACCAGGAAACACUGACGGCGUGGAGCAAGAUCUUCUACGUGUCAGCGGUCGUCUCAGCGCUCCCCUACGUCAUUUUCUUCGUGUUCGGUUCGACGGACGAGCAGCCGUGGAACAAGCCCGAGAACCUGGUUGGACGCCGCGGCAGCUUCAAGCAACAAUCUCCGAGCGACAUAUUCCAAGCAACAAGCUCCAAGCUUCAAGCUCCGAGCAACAAGUUGGACGAGCAAGUCGCCCCCGGCUCAGACCGCCCCCACUUGGACAGCGUGUGAGGCGUGUUCACACAUCACGCACGCAAAACCAGUUCGCUGAAUUCGCAUCCCGUUGGUUAGACAACGAAGCCCUGAUCUGAUACGGAGUCGCAUCGUAAGUUUCCUAGACCUAUACGCGUAUAUCCAUAUAAAUUUAAAAUUCCAUGCAGAAAACUACAAAAAAUUAUUACAACAUCAAUUUCAAUAAUUAUGUACUUAUUUUAAAAAUGUACUUUAAGAAUGCAAGUUAACAACCUAUUUUAAUAAACUUAUUCUGAUGA